CGUGCCAUCCUUUCCAGAAAUCAUUUCCUGGAAUUUCCAACACACCACCCCUUUGCAAUCUUUCGGCUCGGAUCAAUCUCAGCCUUGCAGUUUUUACUUUUUCUGGAAGGGAUUCUCUGCCGUCUCGGCGCUUCCCCUCUCUUCCCUUCAUCUCAUCUCGUACUCGUACUGUGGUGGUUGCGCUGUAGCUGAGUAAGGCACCGUGGCAGAGUGCCCGGCUAAUGCACGUGGAUUCGGUGGUGGGCAAGAGAACAAUUUCGGUAUAUAUAUUCCCCAUCAUGCCCCCCGAAUAAUCUUUUUCUUUCCCCCUUCUCUCUUCAUCUCAUUCAGCACUUUCUUUCACUUCAAUAUUUUUUUUUUCCCUUAAACUUGCUUCAAAGCACCCACACUCUCUUAACAUGCAUGCUUCAAAGUCACUUUCUCUGCUCGCUGUCGCGUUAAUGCAGGGCCUUGCGGCCGCUGCCCCUCACAGUGGCCUCUUCCCGUGAGUGUGAUUGGCAGUGAAUAUCACGAUGCAAGAGGCUAAUAUCUCGAUAGGACCAAUGGAACUGCUCCGACUGGUACUGGUGCGCCCACCACACACUCUCUCCCAAUUGGAACCGCUGCGUCCCCAAUUGGAACUGCUGCGUCCUCCUCUUCGGUCCAUGUCCCCCCAAUUGGAACUGCUGCGUCCUCUUCGGUCCAUGUCCCCUUCGGAACUGGCACUGGCUCUUCCCCCAGCUCUAUCGUUCCGAUUACAGCGUCUCUCCCCGCCACUACUAACGGAACCUCAAUGGUCGAUGGUUAUACCACCACUCUGUCCACCAUGAGCCAGACUAAGACUCUGACAUGGACCGUCAUGGUUCCUUGCACCACCGUCGCUGCCGGCACAACCAGCUACUACACCACUGCCUCAGUGCACACCACCUACGUUCCAGACCUGAAGACCAUCACCAUCACCUCCGCCUGCACCAAGUGUGCUUACGCCACUCCCACUCCCGCUGGCCCAGGAGGCCCAGAUGUUCCCGGUACCAGCACCAUCAAGCCCGUUGGCUCAACCUCCACCGGCCCAGAUGUUCCCGGUACCAGCACUAUCAAGCCCGUUGGCUCAACCUCCACCGGCCCGGUGUGCCCAGGCGGAGCUCAUUGUCCGCCCGUCGGUGGAUCUACCCACACAAUUCAGGAGACCAAGACAGUCGUCCCGACCGUUGUCCCAGGUGGACAAUCCACCACCGCCCCCGCAGCUGGUGUUCCUUCUUCCCCCUCUGCUCCCGUUAAGGGUUCCACCUCUGUCAUUGCCGGAAACGGUGCCUGCCCAGCUCCCUCUACCGUUACGAUCUACAAUCCCACCACCAUCUAUGCUACUGUCACCGUUACCCCGGCUGUUUACACUCCCACCACCGUUGCCGAAUGUCCGGAUGGAAAGUGCGGGACUCAAACCGUCGCGCCCACUGCCCACCCAUCCCCUCCCGCUCCCGGUUGCCCCAACGGAAAGUGCACCACCACCACCACCGUCGUCGGAUGCUCCAGUGGCAAAUGCACUACCAUCACAAGCGUCUACACGAAGACCUUCGGCCACUGGAACGGAACUGAUGCCACUGCUACUUACAAACCUACUGGAACCGGCUUUGCCACCGGUCUGACAACCGGCACUUAUGCUUAAGUGGGGAACCUCUAAUCUUCAUUGAUGUUUAAACUUGACGAUUCGCUUUUGGUAUUUUUUUUGCAUCUUUUUACGAUCUUUCACUUUUCUCCCACAAUUUCUUGGUGGAUGUCCGAGCUUGGGGUUUUAGUUUUGAUUUUUUUUUUCUUCAAUGGGAGAGAGUGCCGGUAGAGCGUGGAGGGAAAGAUGCGGAUUUGAUGCCUGUAGUUUAGUGCUGAAGUGAAUUCGUUGAGUCAAGUAACAUUAAGGUUCCAG